AUGUUCUUAAUUCAACUAAUCGUUUUCAUCUUGAUAUCAUCAACAAACUCGUUCAGUGACGACUACUACGAUGAUUACGUUGAAAACCCUACCGAGGAACUUCAGAACUGCGUUUGCGUCCCGUACUGGCAAUGCAAGGACGACUUCAGCGGCCUCAUCGAAGAAGGCGUCGACAUAAUCGACAAAAGAAUCAUACGAACCCGAACCAGUCAGGUCCCAACAUGCACGGACGACUUCGAUGUCUGCUGCAAAAUAGAAUGCGGAAAGAGGCGAAGCAUAGCGGAAUCCGAAAGCCGGUUACACUCUGGGAGAGUCGACGACGAAAUCAUCGGUUUCAGAAUAAUGGGGCAGGAGAAAAACGAGGCCGACUUUGGGGAGUUCCCCUGGAUGUUGGGCGUUUUGCAGGGCAAGGUUUAUAAGUGCGGGGCUUCAUUGAUUCACCCCAAAGUCGCUAUAACAGCCGCGCACUGCGUUAAGAAGAAUACGGCGUAUAAUGUGAGAGCCGGUGAGUGGAACUGGGUGUCUAAAGAUGAACCCAUAACGCAUCAAGAUAGGAAAACGAAGACGAUUGUAAUACACCCCCACUACCACUCAGGAUCCUUGAUCAACGAUAUAGCCAUUCUAAUUUUGGAUGAACCAUUUAAGCUUUCGGAGAACGUUGGGGUGACGUGUUUACCUCAAAAAUUCCAACGCUUUGACUUCGCAAAAUGUCUUGCCACCGGAUGGGGUAAAAACUCCUACAGCAACGGCACCUACCAAUCGGUUUUAAAAAAAGUAUCACUACCCGUAGUGCCAAACUCGAUAUGCGCUAGGGCCUUGCAAAUUGCACGCCUAGGCCCUCAGUUCAGACUCCACAGGAGUUUUAUAUGUGCCGGUGGAGAGGAUAAAAAGGAUGCUUGCAAAGGAGAUGGGGGCAGUCCUUUGAUAUGUCCUGUGGAAGGACAACCUGGAAGAUAUCAGCAAGCUGGGAUUGUCUCAUGGGGCUUGACAUGUGGAAUGACCAAUACGCCCGGUGUUUAUGUAAACAUAGCCUUAUUUAGUGAUUGGAUUGACUAUACUUUGGAAUCGCAUGGAUAUGAUGUUAAGGAGAACGUUGGGGUGACGUGUUUACCUCCAAAAUUCCAACGCUUCGACUUCGAAAAAUGCCUCGCCACCGGAUGGGGUAAAAACUCCUACAGUAACGGCACCUACCAAUCGGUUUUAAAAAAAGUAUCACUACCCGUAGUGCCAAACUCUAUAUGCGCUAGGGCCUUGCAAAUUGCACGCCUAGGCCCUCAGUUCAGGCUCCACAGGAGUUUUAUAUGUGCCGGUGGAGAGGAUAAAAAGGAUGCUUGCAAAGGAGAUGGGGGCAGUCCUUUGAUAUGUCCUGUGGAAGGACAACCUGGAAGAUAUCAACAAGCUGGCAUUGUCUCAUGGGGCUUGACAUGUGGAAUGACCAAUACGCCCGGUGUUUAUGUAAACAUAGCCUUAUUUAGCGAUUGGAUUGACUAUACUUUGAAAUCGCAUGGAUAUGAUGUUAAGCUUUCGGAGAACGUUGGGGUGACGUGUUUACCUCCGAAAUUCCAACGCUUCGACUUCGCAAAAUGCCUCGCCACCGGAUGGGGUAAAAACUCCUACAGCAACGGCACCUACCAAUCGGUUUUAAAAAAAGUAUCACUACCCGUAGUGCCGAACUCGAUAUGCGCUAGAGCCUUGCAAAUUGCACGCCUAGGCCCUCAGUUCAGGCUCCACAGGAGUUUUAUAUGUGCCGGUGGAGAGGAUAAAAAGGAUGCUUGCAAAGGAGAUGGGGGCAGUCCUUUGAUAUGUCCUGUGGAAGGACAACCUGGAAGAUAUCAACAAGCUGGGAUUGUAUCAUGGGGCUUGACAUGUGGAAUGACCAAUACGCCCGGUGUUUAUGUAAACAUAGCCUUAUUUAGUGAUUGGAUUGACUAUACUUUGGAAUCGCAUGGAUAUGAUGUUAAGGUUUAUAGAUAUUAUUGA